AUGGCAGGGGUGGCCUCUGCUGGGGUGACGACGACGGUCUCUCAUGGGCCAAAAUCACCAUACGACGUGAAUACCUUUUCCAACCAAAGUCGUCCCCCGGGUCUAAGGCAGCUGUCUCCCUCCUCGGCACGCACGCCGCUAUCUAGCCUGCCUCCCAAUCGAAAGGACAACGGUGUCCAUGGUCGACCGGCCCAUAACAGAGUGGGGGAAUUGGGUCAAAACCAAGGCAACUUAACCCGUAGUGGGAGUGAGGCGGACAGUCUGCUCGAUUUGUACGGAAACAACGCCAGUAGUGGCAAUGUCAGUCGACAGCCUAGCGAGAGCGACGUUCCGGAAAACAUGUAUCGACCGGAAGACGACGACCCUGAAGGCUGGAUCCACAGGGAUAAGUUGGCCAAGAUUGAGAGUGAGGAGCUACAAGCUGCCGGAAUCAAUUUGGCUAAAGCGAAGCGGAAUGUGAACAGUGGUGGAACACAAGACAUUCACCUUGGUCGACAAACCGAACCUCGCAGUGCGUCACAAUCCGGACGCCAUACUACAGAAGAAGAACGACCACGGCUGGAUGAAGGCGAGGAAGAUGAAGAUGACAGGACAAACUGGGAUUUGCGCACACCGGAAGAGAUUGCGGCCGACCAUGAAUCACCACGGAUAACACACACACCGAUGUUGAAGAAAUCUGGAUCAAAGAUACCAGUUCUAACAUCAAGUCCUCUACCGAUACCACAAGACAAAAUCGACCGAGAUACGCCCCUGGCGAGAAAGCGUACUAUUAGUAAUAGUAUGAGCCCUGAGGAGGGAAUACCCCUUUUAAGGCCACGAAAACGGAGGGGAAGUACAGGCAGCCACCCUGGGCAGACGGACACCGGGUCGCAUCAUGCAACGCCCGUAUCAAUCAACGGCUCAAGGCGCGCUUCCAAGACUGCCUCUGCGUCUCCCACCAAGACCAAACCGAAAACCGGUCAACCGUCGCCUCCAGGCACCUCGGCAGGAAGGAAGGUUUCUACUACAAGUAGGAAACCGUCCAGCAAUGUCAAGACCGGGCAAGGCGGUUCGCCUUCGGUAGGCCAGCGACCUGGAACCAGAUCUGGAGAGCUCGAUCGUCCGCGGACAGCGGUCAACAGACCAGAAGGUGAUCCUCCGUGGCUGGCAACGAUGUACAAGCCGGACCCUAGGUUACCUCCUGAGGAACAAAUCAUCCCAACACACGCUCGGCGACAGCAGCAAGCCCAGUGGGAACAACAAGGAGCCAUCCCAACGACCUACGAUCGGAACUUUUCACCGCUGGCCAUCCAUACCGGCAAUGGACUCAUUAAGGCUCCGUCACCUGUUUCGUCUCCGUCUCCUUCUCCUGAGAGGCAAGAAGUCACUUCUGGAGAAGGCCCCUGGCCAUUGAAGCCAGUGCCGAGUUAUGGCAACUCUGUCGGUGCAAGGCCUGGCACCAGUGGGAGUAACCGGAGUAACCAUGGCGGGUAUACCACAAUGCCAAAGGUGACGAGUCCAGCGAUUGUACAGAGCCCUAGGAUGGGCAACGUUUCCACCAUGCCGGCUCAACCAAGCAGAAGUCAAGUUCAACGUCAAGAACACAACGAUGCAGAGGAGAAGGUCAAGGAUAAGUCCUGUGGAUGCUGCAUUGUCAUGUGA